GACUCCAAUGUUGUCCAACUCACCGUUAUUCGCACCUUCCAGAUUCAUCAAAGUCACCGCAUCAAUGAACCCCCAACAACCCGACCCACCUAAAAAACGGGUACUCGUGUGCGGCGGCGGAGUCAUCGGCGUUUGCACAGCCUAUUUCCUCUCCAAAAAAGGCGCCGCCGUGACACUGGUGGAGCAAUCAUCGAUCGCGUGUGCAGCAUCAGGAAAAGCCGGUGGGUUUUUAGCCCUUGAUUGGUGCGACGGUGGGCCCGUGUCUUCACUCGCACGUGCCAGCUUCAAUCUCCAUCGUUCGCUUGCUCAAGAGUUGGAUGGAACAGAAUCCUACGGCUACCGUGCACUCAACACGCUUAGCCUCUCUGUUACUGAAUCGGAAAAGGUGAAACGGGGUCGGAAGUCUAGUGUUCCGGAGUGGAUUGAUGGCCCAGUUAAGAGCCCAAGAACUAUUGGUAUGACGGAGACCACGGCCCAAGUGCACCCGCAUUUGUUUACUCGGAAGUUGAUGGAGAAAGCGGUGGCGGAGUUUGGUGUGGAGGUGGUUACUGGGAAAGUGAAGAGUGUGGAGACGGGUGUAGGGAAGGUAACGGUGUUGGUGGAAGGUGGUGGUGUUUUUGAUGGUGAUGCGGUGGUGUUGGCUCUCGGGCCUUGGAUGAGUAAGUUUGAGUUGUUGUCGUCUUUGAUUCGGGUUCAUGGGCUUAAGGCCCAUAGUUUGGUUUUGGAGCCUAAAGAUGUGGAUGCGAUUUCGGCUGACGCUUUGUUUCUUAGUUAUCUUCCGGCCCACGGUGGACAGCCGAUGGAUCCUGAAAUUUAUCCUCGUCCCACAGGGGAGGUGUACAUAUGUGGAAUGUCUUCCCAAGAAGAGGUUCCGGACGACCCAGAGCAGAUCGAACCGAACCCAGAUUCCAUCAGGGUAUUAAAACGGGUAGCUGGGACGGUCUCAAGCCAUUUAGGGGAAGAAAGUCGGGUGAAAGCCGAGCAGGCAUGUUUCCUGCCUUGCACCGAUGACAAUAUUCCUGUGAUCGGUGAGGUUCCGGGCAUGAAGGGAUGUUAUGUGGCGACUGGGCACAGCUGUUGGGGGAUACUUAACGGGCCUGCCACGGGAGCAGCCAUGGCCGAGCUUGUCAUGGAUGGCUGCUCCACCAUUGUGGAUCUUACUCGGUUUAGUCCAGCUCGAUUUGUUAGAAAAUAAGUUGACACUGAAUGGUGGUGAAUUGCAUUACAAUAAAUGUGUACUUAUCUAAUUUAGUUUGUCUCCUGUAUAUGUUUACUUUCAAAAGUAUUUAACUAAAGUUUAUUAAUUGUAUUUUUGAUAGCCUUUGUAUAAACUUUGGCUAAAUAUGUACAAGGUGAUUGUAUUGUAUGUUGGUCAA